AUGGAUGUCAUUUACAGUGAUGAGUGUGCAUUGCAUUACCCGCCUUAUGAAAUAACACGUGGUCAAAUCAAGAAGUAUGCAGAAUCCCCUGCUCGGUUCCUGGCGAUCAAGACUAGCCUUCAAAGUCAACCAAACACAUUCCAUAUGAUUCCUCUCAAACAACACAACAUGGAUGAUUAUACAAUACAACAAGGGUUGCAUGAGGUGCAUGAUUCCGAUUACAUCGAAUUUUUAAAGACCAUUUACCAAGAUUGGGUGGCAGCUGGUGGACCAUCCGAUGCAGCUAUUGCCGAGACAUUUGUUCAUCCAAAUCUAGUUGGACCCUUGGACCCUGAUCAUUAUAAGAAAAUAGCAUCAAACAAUGUGCGUGGUAAACUUGGGCUGUAUAACUUCGAUCUGUCAGUUGCGUAUACACAAGAUACAUGGACAUCGGUGUAUGCAGCCGCCCAAGUUGCAGUUGCAGCUGCCGAUCGGCUAAAGUCUAAACAAUCACACGCCGUAUAUGCACUGUGCCGCCCACCUGGUCAUCAUGCUACCUGCAAUGCUGCUGGAGGUUAUUGCUUUAUUAAUAAUACAGCUGUGGCAACGCGAUAUCUUCAACAUGGUGACAGCAAUACCAAAGUACUCAUCCUUGAUGUGGAUUACCACCAUGGCAAUGGCACCCAAGACAUCUUUUAUGAUGAUCCAUCCGUGAUGUAUAUAUCAUUGCAUGGGUAUCCUGGAUACCCCUAUUUCACUGGUUCAUCAGAAGAACAAGGGCGCGGUGAUGGUCAUGGCUAUAACAUCAAUCUUCCUUUGGACCCAUCCACUACCACUGAUCACAGCUACCUUGCACAACUGCAUAAGGUGUUGGAGGAUCCCAAAGUCAUUGAAUUUGACCCUGAUUAUGUUGUAUGCUCUCUUGGGUUGGAUACUUGGCAUGAAGAUCCCGUUGCUGGUAUGCAAGGCAUCCAGGAUAUGAAUACAUAUGAUAAGAUUGGAUAUACUAUUAAGCAAUACGCAGGAUCUCGACCUGUUUUAUUUGUACAAGAAGGGGGAUGUCAUGUAGAAUCACUAGGCGAACUUGUUUCGCGUGUACUUAAAGGAUUCCUCCAAGAAUAA